AUGUUCCCCUAUUGUGUGUGUGUGUGUGUGUGUGUGUGGUCGUCAGCUAAAGGCUCAGAGUCAGUUUUUCAUUUCGUGCCUCUACGCCUACAGAUGGGUAUUGCCAUCGGGUUCCUGGUGCCGCCCAUCCUCGUGCCUAAUGUGGAUGACGUGACGGAGCUGGCGUAUCACAUCAGGAUCAUGUUCUACAUCAGCGCAGGUGUCGCCACCUUCAUCUUCGUCCUUGUCCUCAUCGUGUUUCAGGAGAGGCCAGAGCUCCCUCCCACCCAGGCCCAGGCUCAGGCCAGGAGCAUUCAGCCUGACGAGUACUCCUACAUGGCCUCCAUCUUAAGGCUGCUGCGCAACAAGCCCUUCAUGCUGCUGGUGGUCAGUUAUGGCCUGAACGUCGGCUGCUUCUAUGCCAUUUCCACACUGUUGAACCGGAUGAUCAUCGAACAUUACCCUGGUGAAGAGGUGAAUGCUGGGAGAAUUGGACUGACCAUCGUCAUUGCUGGCAUGGCAGGUUCACUCAUAUGUGGCAUUUGGCUGGACAAGACCAAAACCUACAAACAGACCACCCUGGUCGUAUACGUCCUCUCUCUGGUUGGGAUGCUGGUCUACGCCUUCACCCUCAACCUGGGUCACCUGUGGGUGGUGUUUGUCACAGCUGGAGUCUUAGGCUUCUUCAUGACGGGUUAUCUGCCUCUGGGCUUUGAGUUUGCAGUAGAACUCACCUACCCAGAGUCAGAGGGAACCUCAUCUGGACUGCUCAACUGUUCAGCGCAGAUCUUUGGAAUCAUUUUCACCAUCGCCCAAGGCAAGAUUAUUGAUAAAUGGGGAACCUUAGCUGGAAAUAUCUUCCUGUGCAUCUUUCUGCUAAUAGGAACAGCAAUGACAGGCCUCAUCAAAUCCGACCUCCGCCGGCAGAAGGCCAACCAGCAGACCGAGGUGCAGACAGUGAGUCCUACAGGCUCCAUCUCAUCGGUGCAGGACUACGGGGCCACAUCGUGCGGUCGCCCCUGGCAACGGCCGUCUUGACAAUAACCCACAACCUCACUUAAACCAAAACACACACCUGUCAAGAAAAUAAGAGCUGAUCUGGAAGGAGGCGUCUCUCCACCUGAAAUCCUGAAGGAGGGGAAGCUAUAAGAAAAAUAGACGUUCCCUCUGUCAAAGACAUCAUGUACAGUUGUAAAAAAAAGAAGUAGAGACACAUCAACAUGCAUAGAGGUGCACAAACGAUAACAGAAGAAAAAGCUGCUUUAAGGAGUGAGUAGAUGGAGACUGAAGCAUCACACUGAUCUGCUCUCGGUGAUGUUUAACCUGCUGUACGUCUGAUGUACUGUUUGGACGCCACGCUGCACAAAUUCACACUACUACCCCAAGUGCAACUUAGCGCUUCCCAAACCAUCACGCACAUGGGGAGUGCAUUUGGAAAGUUUUUAAAUCCCUUGACUAAAUAUAUUAAACCUUAAUUAGUAAACCUUAAUUUUAUUCAAUAAGGGCAUUUUACUUGUCAUGUUCAGUGCACUUUAGUGACUCCAACAUACCGGACUGAAUUUUAAAGACUUGCCUCUGUAGCUUUUACUGCCGCCCUCUGAUUGGUGUUAAUGUGGUCUUUUAUGCAUUUAAUGAGCAAUAUUUAAACUGUUUCCUCAUAUUGGACCAAUAUUGUGUGUAACUGAACUCAGUCUUUACAUUGCUGAAGGUAUUCAUUUAAGUGUUCUGUUUUUAGAAUAUGCAUGUUAAAAGCAGACUAAGGACUGUGACGUCGCUACCUGUCGUGGCAGUCGGAUCACCUGUCCGCCAUUCAGGAUCACAUGGAAGUAUUACUUCUGAUUACUGCUGAUUAUGAAUAUGAUUGAUGCUGUGCAUCUGAGUACACUUUGGAAGGUCACUUUUGUCCUUGUUUUACUGUAAGUGUCUCUACAAGAAGACAGGAGAUAGAUGAACGUUUGAGAGCAUCUGGAACAUAAAGAAUGUCAGCACAGCACCACAUGAUGGAGGGAUGAGACAAAUAAACUCUACUGUCCUUGUCAUUUUGCACACUAAACUGUUUUUAUGUAUACUUUUAGCUUGUAAAUUUGUUACUGAGACAUGUAGUUCAUGCUGUGUAGCCAGUAUUUAUCUUUUACUUUGUGUGUUGAGGCAAACUGUCUGCCGAUUUUCCCAUUUUAUCAUGAUUGUUCUGUGAUUGUGACAGAUGCAAGUUAUUCUUUUAUUCUGUCCUCGGACAUUUUAGUGUUGUGAAUUUUCUAAACCCUCAGUUUUCACCAUUUUGUAUGAUGUGAACUUAUGUAGAUGAUAAUAAAAAUCUUUGCUCUGCAA